GUCGAUGGGCUAGACUGUGUUUUCUUAGAUCAUGGUGGUUUGUGUCACUUAUGUCAAAUGUGGUAAAAUGUUCAUGUGUCACUCAUGUCACUUUAGUUCCAUUAGUUGUUGAUCGUGAAUUGUUGUUGACAUGAUUAAGCCCUAAAUAUGGUCAAAAAUCUCCACAGCAGAAUGACUAUCAGGCUAUCUUCUAGUUGCUACCUUAAUUAACGGAUGUCCUGAGGAAACUGCGUCCUUAUGGCCUAAACUAAACUUACUUAAGGCGGCUUCUUUUUUUGACAUUAAUAAAAAUAAUUUCCCUUCUUCCAAAAUGGGUAAUGCAGAUACUAAAUUGAAUUUCCGUAAAGCUGUUGUCCAGUUGACGUCUAAAACUCAGGAAAUCGAUGCAAAUGACGAUACUUUUUGGGAUCAGUUCUGGUGUGAAAAUGUUUCUAGUGUACAAGAUAUUUUCACAUUAAUACCAGCUUCCGAAAUCCGUGUUUUGAGAGAAGAAGCACCGUUAAAUUUGGGCAAUUUAUGCUAUAAAGCCGUAGAAAAAUUGGUGAAGGCCGUGGAUUGCAGUUGUCGUACGCAAGGAGAACAUCAAACGGUUUUAAAUUGCUGUCGACUGUUGACUCGUGUGUUACCCUAUAUUUUUGAAGAUCCUGAUUGGAAAGGUUUUUUUUGGGAAAGCUUACCAGGAAAAGAAGAUGACCAAAGCAUGCCUUUGGCUCAUUCUUUGCUUAAUUCGCUUUGCGAUCUACUCUUCUGUCCUGAUUUUACAGUAGCCUUGAGCAAAAAAUUGGGACCUGAUAAAGCUGAAGAAUUACAAUCCGUUGACAGUUGUGAAUAUAUUUGGGAAGCUGGAGUGGGAUUUGCACAUUCACCUCCCAGGUGUCCAUUACUAGAUUCCAAUAGAACAGAAUUACUGAAGCUGAUUUUAACAUGUUUUAGUGAAACAAUGUACAGUCCACCGAUUGAUCUAUCAGUUGCACCGAAUAGGUGGAUUCAGUAUUUAACUGGUGCCGAAAAUAGACAUGCGUUACCCAUGUUUACAUCUCUAUUAAAUACAGUUUGUGCAUAUGAUCCUGUGGGUCUUGGAGUGCCAUAUAAUCAUCUUUUAUUUACGGAUUCCUUGGAACCUUUGGUCGAUGUCGCGUUACAGAUUUUAAUAGUAACCCUCGAUCAUGAUACGAACAGCAGAGUUCAUAUGGAAGAAGGUGCAAUCGGAGAUAAUCUUUUCAUAAAUUAUCUGAGUCGCAUACAUCGAGAUGAAGAUUUUCAAUUUGUUCUAAAAGGAAUCACAAGACUUUUGAACAAUCCACUUAUGCAAACCUAUCUACCAAAUUCGACAAAAAAAGUUCACUUUCACCAAGAAUUGUUGGUUCUUUUUUGGAAAAUGUGUGACUACAAUAAAAAAUUUUUGUACUAUGUCCUCAAAAGUUCGGAUGUUUUGGAGGUCUUGGUCCCCAUAUUGUAUCAUCUGAAUGAUUCGAGGGCUGAUCAGUCUCGCGUCGGAUUGAUGCACAUCGGAGUAUUUAUUCUCCUUCUUUUAAGUGGAGAACGCAAUUUUGGAGUACGAUUGAAUAAGCCCUACACAGCUACUGUUCCAAUGGACAUUCCAGUUUUCACAGGCACGCACGCAGAUCUUCUAGUCACAGUUUUUCAUAAAAUUAUCACAACUGGACAUCAAAGACUACAACCCUUGUUCGAUUGUCUAUUAACUAUUCUAGUCAAUGUUUCACCUUAUUUAAAAACAUUAUCGAUGGUUGCAAGCACCAAAUUACUUCAUUUACUCGAAGCAUUUAGUACACCCUGGUUCCUCUUCUCUGCUCCCACGAAUCACCAUUUAGUCUUCUUUCUGCUCGAAAUUUUCAAUAACAUUAUACAGUAUCAGUUUGAUGGCAAUAGUAACUUGGUCUACACAAUAAUACGCAAAAGGCAAGUUUUCCAUGCUUUAGCAAAUCUCCCAACUGAUUGUAAUACGAUUACAAAGUCUCUAAAUAAAAGACAACGCAGAUACGUAGCCAACAGCACCUCGAGCGAAAACAUUAGCGAAGCCGCAAUGGAAGGUUCUCGCCCUGCUCAGCCUGCAGAACCUGGUACUCUAAAGGCAACAUUGUUAGAAACACCAGGUAUUGAAAAUAUGACAGAAAAAGAGUCUGCCCAUCCUCUGAGUCCCUCUGUGGAUGUUGAUAGUUCUGAAGAAAUAAGUCGCCGAGACUCAAAAACCCUCUCUGAAGAAUCGUCUAGUUUCUGCAAAACUAACUUUAUCGUAUCAAAAGGAGGAAUCAGAAUUGGAGAGCAUUCAAGUCUAGAUGUAAAUCAGUGGAUUCCAUCAGUUGAAUGGGUCUGCCAAUGGAAAAACAAGCUACCACUCCAAACCAUAAUGCGUUUGCUGCAAGUUCUUGUACCACAAGUUGAAAAAAUUUGCAUUGACAAAGGAUUAACGGACGAGAGUGAAAUUUUGAAAUUCUUACAACACGGAACGCUAGUUGGAUUGCUACCUGUUCCUCAUCCUAUUCUUAUCAGAAGGUAUCAAGCGAACGCCGGUACAACUGCAUGGUUCAGGACUUACAUGUGGGGUGUUAUUUAUCUCAGAAAUGUAGAACCACCAAUUUGGUAUGAUACUGAUGUAAAACUAUUCGAGAUACAGAGAGUGUAAACUUUUGACUAGAGGGAUUCUUAUUUCACAAAGGUUUAAGGCUAUGUGAAGAGAGGGUACCGUGACCAAACCUGGUCUUCGAUAUUUCUUUCCCAACUUAUGUCCGCACAGAAUGAGAUAUCGUGUUAAAAAUUUGGCACGAUAA